CGCCGAGAACAAUGAGAUCUUGUUUACUGUUGCCGUUGGUCAUUUGCGUCGUAGCAAAUUCGCGACUCCCCACGAACUACGAAUACUACGGCAAGGAUGAAAUUCUAUCGGGCUUAAGUGCUGCUCAGAGGCACUUCUUGCUAAAUGGAGAAAACAUCACUUUGUUCAGCGGAACGUUUCACUACUUUCGCGUUCACAGGACCCAAUGGAGGGACAGGCUGCGCAAAAUGAGGGCCGCUGGACUCAAUGCGAUCGAAACGUACGUUCCAUGGAACUUGCAUGAGUACCAAUCGGGAGUUUAUGAUUUUGGUGACGGAGGUUCGGACUUUGAAGAGUUCCUUGAUGUCGAGGAAUUUCUGAGAACUGUACAAGAAGAGGAUUUGUUCGCAAUCGUCAGACCUGGACCAUAUAUAUGCGCGGAGUGGGAAUUCGGAGGCUUGCCGAGUUGGUUACUGCGGGAGAAGGGCAUGAAAGUGAGAACGAGCGACGGUGCGUUUUUAAAAUAUGUGUCCAGAUACUUCUCCAAAGUGAUACCCAUACUGGAAAAACACCAAUUCACCAACGGCGGUCCGAUUAUCGCCUUCCAAGUGGAAAACGAAUAUGGCGCUACUCUAAAUUACGACAAAGCUUACUUGCGGGCCAUUAAAGAGAUGUUUAUAGACCACGGCAUAAAGGAGCUGAUGUUCACUGCAGACAGCCCAUUGCUCGGCCUGCUCGGCGGUUUGCCGGGAGACCUUUUGGUGACCGGAAACUUCAACGCAUAUCCUGAAUUUAACCUGCAAGUUCUGCGGUUAUAUCAAAUGAACAAACCACUGAUGGUCGCGGAAUACUGGUCAGGUUGGUACGAUCAUGUAACUGAAGAUCACCGAACCACCGACACCGAAACGUACUCGAACGUGUUGGAAAGGAUCAUAUCGUUUCCUGCGUCGGUCAACAUCUACAUGUUCGUAGGCGGUACAAACUUCGGGUUCACUCACGGUUCGAAUUUCGUAUCGACUGGUUCGAAUAACUCCGGAUUACAGCCGGAAACUACCAGUUAUGAUUACGAUUCACCCAUAUCCGAAAACGGUGAUCUAACUGAAAAAUUCAACGCGACAAAGGCGCUCAUCGAGAAGUACAGCCCGAUCAAAACACUCCUUCCAGAUAUACCCGAGUCCCCCAAACGCGUGAAGUACGAAGACAUUAAGAUAGAAGAGCAACUUCUGCUAUCGACAGUCAUCGAUGAGUUCCCUAAUAAGAUAGCCAGCGAAGAUAUUGUACCAAUGGAGUUGCUGGAUAUCAACAACAGCUCAGGUCAAAGUUACGGCUACAUUGUCUACAGGAAAUCGAACAUUGACCUCAAAGCGGGCGCGGUCUUAAAAAUUAAGGGUUACGUCAGAGAUCACGCGCUGGUAUUGGUGAAUGGGGUUCUGUUGAACCGGAUGCUGUCUAGUAGACGAGAUAUUGACGGGUUCGGGUACUGGAGGUUGCACAACUCAUCGUUGACACUAACGGAAAAAGACUUGACCAAUGCAACGGUCGACUUGGUAAUUGAGAACAAUUCUAGAAACAAUUUCGGCCAGCUCGAUCAGUUCGAACAGUACAAGGGCUUGACUGAGGAGGUACUUAUAGACGAAGAAGUCAUCAAGAAUUGGCAAAUCGUACCUUUGGAAUUCAAACGAUCCUGGAACGAGCAAUUAUCUGGAUGGAAACCGAUUUCCAACAGACGUGCGCCUGCCUUGUACAGGGCGACUUUCAAUGCGACGUUGCCUUUAAGUGACACCUACAUCAACGUCCAGGAAUGGAGGAAAGGAAUAAUCAUCAUUAACGGUUUCGUUUUGGGGAGAUACGUCACCGUUGGUCCACAGUUGGCUUUGUAUUUGCCGGGCGGACUUUUGCGGGACGGGGAAAACGAACUGAUCGUCUUCGAGCAUUUCAGUGCGCCACUGUCCGUGAAAUUUUCGGACCAGCCGCUUUGGGGCUUGGGGAAUUAUAUCCAUUAGCUAUUGUUAUUUUUAUUUAUUUAUAAUAAACCGCA